AAACCUUCCUUAAGCUUUCUUCUUCAUCAAUUGAAUUAACAAAAACUCCAAAGACUCCAUCGAACAAAACCUUCAGGGUUUUGAAGCUUUCUCUUUGUUCGUUGUUUCGUUUUCGAAUCGGAUUGGUAUGAUUUUGCGUUCUGUUUUUCUUAUCUUAUGGUUUUGAUGUGUGAUUUGGAUAUAAUCUCUGCAUAAACUAUCGAAUCUCAUAUUAAAGCGAAUUGAUUUACUUGAUUGUUAUGGUUUUGAGAAGUUUGAUCUAAAUUUUGGAUUGUCUCCUCUCAAAUCAUUUUAUUGGUCAGCUUUAGGGUUUGGAUUGAGAUUGAAUUCGAAUAUAUCCAUGAUCCAGUAAUUGAUCUAUAUAGGGACUUUUCGUAUGUUAUAAUCUAGUUAUAUGUUGAACAUCAUGAUGACAUGAUCUAUUUGGUUAAGUCAUGCUCUGUUCUUGAUUAAUUGUUGUUGAUAAAGACUAGAUUUGUUUAUUGUUGAUUGGAGUCUAAAACUUGGGUUUUCUCAAUUUGUUUUGCAGAGAGAAUCAAACAGCUUAAGGGCAGUUUCUUAGUUAAAAGUAACCAAGUUUACAUGGUUGAGCUAGACAUUCAGAUUCCAUCAGCAUACGAUCCAUUUGCAGAAGCUAAAGAUUCAGAUGCACCAGGAGCUAAAGAGAACAUUCACAUUCGAAUCCAGCAGAGGAAUGGGAAAAAGAGCUUGACGACUGUUCAAGGGCUUAAGAAAGAGUACAGCUACGAGAGGAUUCUCAAGGAUUUGAAGAAAGAUUUCUGCUGCAACGGUAACGUUGUGCAGGACAAAGAACUAGGCAAGAUCAUCCAGCUUCAAGGUGAUCAAAGGAAGAAAGUGUCUCAGUUCUUGGUCCAAACUGGGAUUGCUAAGAAGGAUCAGAUCAAGAUCCACGGUUUCUAAACUGAACCCGAAUUGGAUCGUUUGAUAUAUCUAUACUAUUUAUGCGAAUAAUUGGUGUGGUGUGGUGUGUUUGUGACCAUUACAAGUUUUUAAAGCUUUGGUUUUGUUAUUGACUUUUGCAAUGAUAAGAAAUAUUUCGAUUGUUCUAAUUUCUGAAGCUCUUCCUUUGAUUACUUGCAAAAGAAGGAAAUAAGAUUCCUGAAACGAAAUAGAAUGGUUAGAAAAAGCUGAUAAUUUGAUGGAUCAAGGGAUGAGAUAAGAAGCUAGAGCAUUCAAUCAAAUGUACUUUGAGAAAUUGAAUGUCGUCCACUAUAUUUGGAAUAAAUCUGAAAUAUGAUUUUGUUUA